GAAUACCCCCUAAUAACAUUCGCACACAUGGUAUGACCUCCCUCGCACGGCUGUGAGCAGUGAUAAGAUUUCGGUGGAAAGCAAAUAUAAAAAAAAACCUCCUCGCGGUCAUCGAUCGGGCUAUUGUUCUAGCUCAGCGACAAUACGUUCCCAGCAUUGGUGUGCAUUCAUUCUCCUGCGAACGUCCGCGAACGCGCUGUGCUUGUGAAAGAAGAACGAACGAAACAGAAAAAAACUCAUCAUGGGCAACUACAAGCCAAUCGAUCUGUCCAAGGAGGAGUUCCGGAAGUAUCUGGACCGCCAGGGCGUGCUGGACGCGAUAACGCAGGUGCUGGUGAAGUGUAACAGCGAGCGGCCGGACAAUGCGCUCGCCUUCGUGCUGGACAAUUUGACGGAAAAGUACGUGCCGCUGAAGGCGAAGCUGCAGGAAGCGCACGAAGAGAUCGACCGGCUGAAGGCGGAGCUCAGUGCGCUGAAAGUGUGUGACGAGUCGAAACAGCAGGAACAAAAGCAGCAGCAGCAGCAGCAACCACCACCACCGGCGAAGCCCCAAGACAAGCGCGGCGACGAUGCGGAGGAGAAGAAAAUCGAUACCGCUGCUGCACCACAAACCAAUGGGGUGAUGGAGGGCGCAGCUGCUGCAGGUGCUGCCGGAGAAGCCACCACUACCGGUGGUGGGACCACCGUGAAGGAAAAUGACGCAACCACGACGACUCCGCCGUCCACUGCAACCGUGACAGGUGGAAGCGCGGACAGUGCGCUCAAAGACGCAUCGAGCGAUGCCCCCGGGACAGGUGCACCACCUGCUACUGCCGGGGCCGCCGAUGCUGCGGAAGUAAAGAAGGAAUCAAACACCACCACCACCACCUCUGCCGCCGACACUACCGAGAGCAAGUAAAUGUGUGUGUGCGUGAUUGUGUGCGCGUGAACGUGUAGCUAAAGAUUCCUAUAUAGGUUAACUUGUUUGUAGUGUCUUUCGAAUCGGGUAUUCGAAUAUAUUAGAACAUAGGGCCCACUAAGAGAGGAACAAAGAAACGGUGGAGUAAGGCAGAAACAGAAACCGAAACAGAACCUUGCCGCGCGAGCGAACCCGUCCAAUUCUCUAAAACAAAAAGACCGAACCGAGCAGCCGGAAGAGGCCGUCAGAAUGUGCCGUACUCGAAAGCAGGGAAUUAUUAAUCACGUUGGUCACUCGGUAUACUACUUUAGAAACGCUAUUUGACCAUUUUGCGCUACUAUUACUUUCCGCGUAUUUAAAAGAAUGCGCGCACGUGCGCGCGCCGCUUCUUCUCAUUUUGCCAUCCCGCUCCCGGGUCAUCUUUAGCUGCAUCGCCCAUUAUCUUAUGUUAAUCAUCUAUCUAGAACCGACCGAUUGAAUCGUGUGAAUCGUAUCGAGACAUAGAUCACCCACCCACCCAUGUUCGGGGGUGGCGCUGCAUAGGCGAUGAAGAACCGGAGAAAACGCGGGGGAGCCGUAUCACGCAUCCACUGGCUCCCCCGGGCUCUCUCUCUCUCUCUCUCUAUACUUUAGAGAAUAAAAAUAUCAUUCCAGCCAUCACUAACAAUUAUAGUACGGAGACGAUAUAUAAACGAUAAUAAAAAAGAGAGUAUAGAUGUAGAUAACGAA